AUGGAUAUUAAAAAUGAAAGUACAAGAGAUUUAAGGACAGUAAAUGUGAUGAUUCAUUAUGAUUACCUUCCCAAAUACUGUAGAGAAUGUAGAUUGCAAGUUCAUAAUCAGUAUGAAUGUAGAGUUAUUAAUCCAGCACUGGCUCAAGUUAAGGAAGAAACGGAAAAGGGCAAAGAAGAAUGUAGCAAUGCUACAAGCAAGCAGAAACAAAACAAGGAUGUACACGCACACAACAUGGAGGGGAAAGUAGAUGAACAUCAAAAGCAAAGCAAGGAAGUACCAUUUGCUGCAUUGGAAGAGCAAGAGCAAUCAAUAGAGGAAGUAGCCGGAGAGGCAGACAAAUAUCAACAUAUUGAUAAGCAACUAGUGGAGAAACAAGCUGAAGAGGUGAAUAUUAAGCUAUUGAAUGAUAAAUAUACAGAGAGUGAGGUGAAAGAGCAGACAGGAGAAAAUGCAGCAGCAGACAAAGAGAAACAACAGUCACAAAGAAAGGAGGAAAAAGAUGAAAGCAAUAAAAAAAAAAGAGUUCAAAGACAUGGAUGGAGGCUUCAUUUGGAGAAUCCAAUCGGAAAAUUCAGGGACAAGAAAAGACAACACACAAGGGGCAAAAAUAGGCAGGAGAUGAUAAGCAAAAGGCAGAUAAUGAGGUUACUUCACAAAUGCAGAUGGAUGUAG